UUCAAUGGAAACGUAAUGGACGUUCUACAGCUAGGUUUAAGGCUUCGCGAUUUUGUUUAUAUCUCCGAUAAUCGGCAUCGAAAACUUUUGUAAUCACUUUUAAAAGCAAUUUUAUUGCACAAGAAUGUAGUGCGUGCAUUUAUUAUUAGGCCAAAUCGUGUGUUUUAUGUAUUUUCCAUGUCUUUAGUAUUGCACCUUUUGUAGUUAGUAAUUGAUUGCUGUAAAGUGGAACCAAGCAUAUUUUUUCCAUAGUUUUAUUGUUUGAAAUUAGUAUUUUUGUUGUCGUUAUUAAGUUUUAAUGAACUUAUAUUUGUACAAUAGUUGUUAUCGUGUAAGUUAUACUUCGUUUUAAGUGUUUAUUCCGUCGAAGAUAGUAAAAUGGUUUCGUGUUAAGUAAACAAAAAUCAAAUAAGAAUGGCACUGUGUGAGAGUAAGCUGGAUUCUCCCCUGCCGGCUUUGAAGCACGAAGAGUCUUCUCCGCGCAGCGAAGAAAGCCAGGAAUCACCGGAGAAGAAGGCCAAGCUGGAACCAAAUGGGGAUGUAUAUGGGGCAGGCGGCAUACCUCUUGUGGAUUACAGAUCCCCCGUUUCACAUUUCGUUCCGCCGGAGUUGUAUGCCGCGAGACACAAGCCAGAGCCAGUCGCUUCUCCUCCAGAACUGUCCAAUGAUACCCCAACGCCGGCUAAGAGGAAGCGAGGUAGACCGCGUAUCGACAAGACGAGUCCAGAGUACCUAGCCAGCAUGGCUGUCAGAAAACAGGCGAAAGAAAUGGCUGCAGUUAUGAACAACAGGACGCCUUCAAGUGAUGCAGGCGAGAAAAGGAAGCGAGGUAGACCAAGGGUGGACAAGACCAGCCCUGAAUAUCUGGCCAGGAAGCGAGCUAGGGAACUUGAGGCCGUGAACAGGAAAGCCAAAAGGGAAUACAAACGUCGGGGAGCCGCUGUGAAACCAAUCAACAAAACGACGAUAAAAGUAUCAUCACGCAUUAAAAAGUUACCGGCGGGCAAAAAAAUUAACGCCAACGCCAGGAAGUUAACCACAAAAAUGGGAGCGAUGAGGAAAGUAGCGGACAAAAAAGUUAUAAUACGCCGAAGUGCAAAAUUUAUAAAGCGAAAAGACUCAGCCGCCUCGUCCUCGGCCGGGGACACGACGCCCCGCGUCAAACGUAAAUAUACGAAGCGCAAUCCGAACGCGAAGAAAAAUGAUGCGACAUCACCUAGCGAAAAAGUUAAAGGCAAGAGAGGUAGACCUAGGAAGGACCAGACCACGAAUAAUAAGCAGCCGGAACAAGCGAAGAUCCGUGUAAGAAGCAAUCUAAUGCCCGUCAAUACGGAACCCAUCACAUUGGACAGUGACGACGAGCCGGAUUUGGGAUCACCAAGUCAGGCGUCGGAUUCUUUGAGUUUAGACGAGAAUUUACGGGCAUUACGACACUUACAUGAAAAAUACGCGAAUAUAGACAAGGAUGAUAUGUACGCGACGCACUUACUAGCUGCAAGCUUCAAGAAACCGCCCACGGACCAGCCUCCGAAAAUGAACAACCAAGCAGCCAAUCAGGUGGUGCAGAUCCGCGAUGAUGACGAGGUGCUGUCAGUGAGAAGUUCGGAAGGUUGCCCUUCAGUCAAAGAGUUGGAUACGAGAGUGGAAAAGUUGGAGGACAGUUCGAACUCUGACUCGGACAGUAGUAGUUCUGGAUCUGGCAGUUCCAGCUCCGGCUCGAGCUCGUCCUCCAGCUCGGACAGUUCCAGCUCGUCGGACAGCUCGGACAGCGAGUCGGACGACGACGAGAGAGCCAAGACUGACAGCGUAGCGCCCGUAAACAACGUCGACGACGACAGGUCCUUCGGUUCCGAGUGGCACAGUGGUGCCCAGUCGGACUCAGACUCAGACCCUGAGCGGCUGAAAGACACUCUGGGCCCACCGCCGCAACAAGACGAGAUCAGCGAGUCGGAGAACGAGUCCCCCGACAAGAGUUUCCAAUGUCAUAUAUGCCAUAAGUGGUAUUCCACCAGGGUUACGUUGAAAAUUCAUCGACGAGUCCACCAGAAUCGCGGCGGUGGCAACUCGCGGUCCCGCACUCGCUCGUCAGACAGAUACGAGUGCGAUUGUUGUAAUGAAACGUUUAAUCGGCGCGAGAAACUUUGGGAUCAUAAGGCUGAAGUGCACCGUGGCACGAUGACGGUCCGCUGCGAGGUGUGCCGCAAGUGUUUCGAGGACGACGCGGAGCUCGCCGCACACGACCGCACGCACUCCGCCGACGAACGUGCAGGCCGGUGCAGCGAGUGCGGCGCGUCGUUCGGCCGCUACGAGCAGCUGCGGCGGCACCGCGCGUGCGCGCACGGCGCGGCGAGCGGCGGCGCGCUCCCGCACGCGUGCGCGCAGUGCGGCAAGCGCUUCUCGCACGCGCACUCGCUCACGCGCCACAUGCAGAACCACGCCAAGCAGCUCUACAGAUGUGUCGUCUGCAAGGUGACGUUACCACGCACGCACGCACGCACGCACGCACGCACGCGUGCGCGCAGUGCGGCAAGCGCUUCUCGCACGCGCACUCGCUCACGCGCCACAUGCAGAACCACGCCAAGCAGCUCUACAGAUGUGUCGUCUGCAAGGUGACGUUACCACGCACGCACGCACGCACGCACGCACGCACGCGUGCGCGCAGUGCGGCAAGCGCUUCUCGCACGCGCACUCGCUCACGCGCCACAUGCAGAACCACGCCAAGCAGCUCUACAGAUGUGUCGUCUGCAAGGUGACGUUACCACGCACGCACGCACGCACGCACGCACGCGUGCGCGCAGUGCGGCAAGCGCUUCUCGCACGCGCACUCGCUCACGCGCCACAUGCAGAACCACGCCAAGCAGCUCUACAGAUGUGUCGUCUGCAAGGUGACGUUACCACGCACGCAC